UUUCAGCAUUCCUGGAAAGCUCUGUACUGGGAAAGUCAUCCGCAGCUGAAACCGGCCCGGGCGCUUCGUCAACGGCACUCUGCAGCCAAUGGAAACGCAGCGCCCGAUGAUGAGGCCGCGAGCGCUGAGAUGUAGCGCAGUUCUUGGAAUGAGAUUCCUAGAACGCGCGUCAACUCAUGAAACGGCCAAACGUGAGGCAAAGGCGUUUCUUACUGCUCUUAUUUCAGGAAAAUAAUAAACCACCAAACCAAACGACCUUUUACUCUUAUUAAAUUACUACUGUAAAGCUGUUUUGUUAUUCUUCGUCAAUCUCGCCCUCAUUUCGCUUCGCGCUUCCCUGGAGAAUAUUUGGCAAAGAAGGCUCGUUCGGGAUAGACAACAUUUAGGAAUAUCCCUUAUGUAAAAUGUUUAGGUUUUAACGCGAUUUCCUCGGUUUGUGGCGCUUUGUCGCCAUUAUAGCACUGCUGAAACAAUGUCAGCAGCUUUGGCACACGACUGGACUUGGAUUCGCGUAAAUUUUAGCGCCUGUGGAUCUUCAAACUGUCAUCUUCCAUUCUGCUGUCUGUCGGUGACGUGCCGAAGGUGACGAUUUUAUGCCCACAAAGAAAUCUUCAGGAAUGGUUGCAAGGGGUACAAGUGCUCAAAAUGAGAGGGACGAAUCAGAAGUUCAACAAAUCCAGCAGUCCCAAGCAGCUCCCUACUCUUGGGCCCCAGCUGAGGACUUGCGGUUCAUCACCACCACCUUUCAGCACCUACAAACCUCAGGAUGGUACUGGGGUGGUAUGACAGCCAGUGAGGCAAGGAAUGCCCUCAGUGGAACUUCAGAAGGUACUUUCCUUGUGCGUGACAGCAGCCAUCCACUCUACCUCUUUACUCUCUCCAUAAAGACCCAGAGAGGCCCAACUAAUGUCCGCGUAGAAUACGACAGUGGCCGAUUCCGUCUCGAUUCCAGUUUUCCAGCCCGAUCUUGCCUGUUGUCCUUUUGUGCUCUUCCUAGUCUUGUGCAGCACUACGCAUCCAUGAGUCAAGAGGAGGAGAGGAAAGCAGAAGAACAUCACAUGGUGUCAAAGGACAAUGGCAUCCUGCUGAAGCUCAGAAAGCCUCUCCACAGGCCUCAGGCCUUUCCAACAUUACAGCACCUUACACGCCUCGCUAUAAACAGACACACUGAUUCCCAUACACAGCUGCCGCUGCCACGGCCAUUGUUGCUUUACUUACAAGAAUACCCCUUUCAGGUUUGAGGACACUUGGGGAGGACACUGGUGCAUUUUAGUGGUGCAAAGGUGAUUUAGCCAUGAAGUCGCAAAUCUUGCUGCCCGGCAGGAUUGUGGAUCCUCUUAUUAUUGUCAUAUGAAGAGAUGUGCAUUUGUGCAAAUAAACAAGGACUACUUUAUGUAAAUUCUUAAAAAAAAUAUUUGUAAAUAUUUCUCUUUUUAGUAAACCACAAUGUUUUUAUAUCUUUCUGUGCUUCCAAGUAUUCAUGGAGCUCCAACACUACAUACUUCCAUCACCGAAACAUUGAAAAAAUAAAAUAUCAAAACCAGUACACAUAAAUAAUACUGUAUCUUGAGUAUCCUGAGUAAUACUGUGUCUGUGUAAUUUCUAACAAAAGUGACAUAUUUGUCAGAAACCAUCACAGAUGCCCUGGCAAUAUGGGACAUGCUGUCAGUCCAUAGGCCUUUAUUUGACAGAAUACAUGUAACCAGACAACAUCAUCAUUCU